AUGUUCGUGGCGCGCGGUAUCGCGGCGGACCACAAGGAUCUCAUCCAUGAUGUGUCUUUCGACUUCCACGGGCGGCAGAUGGCCACCUGCUCCAGCGACCAGAGCAUCAAGGUCUGGGAUAAAAGUGAAAGUGGGGAAUGGCAUUGCACUGCUAGCUGGAAGACACAUAGUGGAUCUGUGUGGCGUGUGACAUGGGCCCAUCCUGAGUUUGGUCAGGUUUUGGCUUCCUGUUCUUUUGACCGAACAGCUGCUGUCUGGGAAGAAAUAGUAGGAGAAUCAAAUGAUAAACUGCGCGGACAGAGCCACUGGGUCAAGAGGACAACGCUGGUGGACAGCAGAGCGUCCGUUACCGAUGUGAAAUUUGCUCCUGAGCAUGUGGGUCUCAUGUUAGCAGCGUGUUCAGCAGCUGGGAUAGUUGGAAUCCGUGAAGCUGCAGCUGUCGCAAGUCAGCAGUGGUCCCCGCAGCAGGGACUCAGGCCGCGCAGCUGUAGCUGUAUUUCUUGGAGCCCUUCCAGCUCUGGGGCUCAUGCUCCCGUGAUUGCUGUAGGAAGUGAUGACAGCAGUCCAGACGCAAUGGCCAAGGCUCAGAUUUUCAAAUAUAAUGAAAACACCAGGAAAUAUGCGAAAGCUGAAACUCUCCUGACCGUCACAGGCCCUGUCCACGAUAUUGCCUUUGCUCCAAACUUGGGACGAUCUUUCCACAUUCUCGCCAGAGCAACCAAAGACGUGAGAAUUUUUACAUUAAAGCCUGUGAGGAAAGAACUUACUUCCUCUGGCGGGCCAACAAAAUUUGAAAUCCAUAUUUUGGCUCAGUUUGAUAAUCAUAAUUCUCAGGUCUGGCGAGUGAGUUGGACUAUAACAGGAACAGUGCUGGCAUCUUCAGGAGACAAUGGCUGUGUGAGGUUGUGGAAAGCUAACUAUAUGGACAACUGGAAGUGUACUGGCAUUCUGAAAGGUAAUGGGAGCCCUGUCAAUGGGAGUUCUCAGCAGGGAAACUCAAAUCCGUCCAUAGGUUCAAAUAUCCCAAGUCUUCAGAAUUCACUAAAUGGAUCUUCUGGCAGAAAGUAUUUCUUUCCCCCUCUGGAUUCCCCACAGGCUGGAUCGAGAUGGUCCAGUUAUGCCCAGCUCCUUCCUCCUCCUCCUCCUCCUCUGGUAGAGCACUCUUGCGAUGCUGACACUGCCAGUCUCCAGUAUCCUCACCCUCGCAGACGAUCUCACUCUCGGCCUCUUAAUCCCUUACCUGAGAAUGAAGGGGUUUAAAAAACACUGAUUUAACACUUAAAGGCCUUAUUCAAGUGCUUGUAAAUGCUUUCAUUCCUGGCUUUUUGUUUUUCUUUCAGAAGAUUUUUCUAAUUUAGGGUGUGUCUUGCAUAUAUUACAACCAGAACAUGGUGUUUGGAACCUAAAUGUGUUUGUGCUUUUGCAUCAAAGGAAUAUUUGUUUCAUUGGUUGAUAACCUUUGAUGAAAUAAUGAGACAUGUACACACAACAUUAACUGUGAGUUACACACAAAUGGUUGACUUCAAAGUGCCUGUUCUGUACAUUUUAUUUUGAACUGUUAUGGUGUUAAGUUUCUUAUGGUUUGUCAUACUGGUUAAUGUGAAAGCAUAUCAUUAUAAAGUUCACCUUGCCUUUGAGACAUUAAGAACUGUUUUUGAUUUUUCAGGCUAAUGUUGCAACUGACUAGUUUGUAAAAUAAAUCAUUCGUGUGUAUAAAGCAGCAAAA